GCACGUUGGCUUAGCUAGAAACUACUUGAAAAUGUAAAAAUGUUCGAGCCGGAGCUGAAAAGGCAAACUUGCAGCAACUUUGAAGGCUCACAUAAUUAUGCGCCUUGCACCACGGUCUCCUCCAGCCAUGGGUCACCUCCUCCUCCAGUGCAUCUGCCACCUGCUGCUCGUCUCCGUCGGCGGCAGUUCCCUCUACCACCGCCCCUGCUCGCAACAGCACCAGAACAUGGAUUCCAGCGAGGAACACAUGCCCCGGAACUCCAAGGAGGCCUCCACCAUCAUUGCCCAGAAGGCAGCCCAGGAAGCCAAGAUGGCCUCGGACUCCCAGCAGCCGGCAGCCAUGGCCGCCGCCCACCAAGUGCGUGUCCAGCUGGCCGACAAGGCGGUACAGGCGGCGAAGGCCGCAGAGGCAGCUCUGGCCGGGAAAGAGCAGUUGGUCGAACAGCUCCAGGGAGAAGUGCGGGAGGCGGUCAUAGUCGUCCAGGAAGAAAGCGCUUCUUUGGUGAACUCACAGGUCAAUCUGAACGCGGCUACCACAUCCGCGAAGCAGACUAGAAUGCUGUUGGAAACGCUCCAGAAAACCAUUAAGGUUGCCCAGGAGGCACUGAGCAACGCCGAGACAGCAGCGACGGGGGCCAAGCAGGAGCUGAGUGAGAAAAUGGAUUUAGUCGAGGCGGCUCGCAACCGAGCAGAGGUCCUAUCCGAACACCUGCGAUCCGCCAAGUUGGACUACGAGAACACGAAAAGAGCAGCCUAUAGUGCCGCAUGUGCGGCGUCCGAGGCGAGGCAAAAGGUUGACAGGGAUCGAAGAUCCAUCAGCGGGGAGAGCCAGACGGCUAACGCGUUGCAAGAGCAGCAGCAGCAGCCAGAACCGAGACCGUGGGAGUCCAAUGAACAGGGAAAAGCUAUAUUUUCUAAAUGA